CAUGUUGUUUUAUAAAGAAUAAAUUUAAUACAUGUAUAUAUAACAUACAGGUAUGUAAUGAGUAAUGACUGGCAAUGAUAACAAAAGGCCAAUCAUUCCAUGUCGUUACGCGGGAAGUUGCAAACAUUAUUGGUCGGUUGAAAUUCAUCACGUGAUCCUUUAGACUGUUGCAGAUAAAAGAUAAUAAAGUGGGUCGUGAAUCGUACAUUUGCGUGAAAAGUGAUUUUACAAGUAUCAAUGGAAUUUUCGUAAUUUGAACAUUGAAUGAGUCAUUGCUUACGUUACAAAGUAUAUAUUCAACUAGUGUCAUAAGAAAACUAUACUGUUCUGUCAACAAAUCGACAAAUGAGAAAGUAAUAUGGCGGAUACUGCGCAUUUGAAUGGAUUAGAAUCAUGCUUUCAAAGGGGAAAUCUUACUUUAAAAGUACCUAUGUCCCUUUUUGAAAACAAUCGGAAAAGAUUAGUCGAACGCAUUAACUCAAAUACAAAAGUACCAACUACAGGCACUUUUAUUAUUCUCGAAGGAGGAGUUGAGAUUCCGUUUAAUGAUACUGAUAUAUGCUGGCCAUUCAGACAGGAGUCAUUUUUUCAAUGGUGUUUCGCUGUUGAAGAGCCAGGAUGUUAUGGUGCCCUUGAUUUAGCAACAGGAACGUCCAUUUUAUUUAUGCCACGAUUACCGCCUGAAUAUGCAAUUUGGGAAGGAAAAUUACAUAGUUUGGACGAUUUUAAAAAACGAUAUGCAGUAGACGAAACUUAUUAUACCGACGAGAUAGCUAAAGUUUUGAAAUCAAAACAAGCAAAUCUUCUUCUCACUUUAAAUGGUCAAAAUAGUGAUAGUGGCUUGCAAGCAAAAGAGGCAACUUUUGAUGGCAUUAGUCAGUUCAAAGUUGACAAUAAAAUUUUAUAUCCUGAAAUAUGUGAAUGUCGUGUCAUAAAAUCUCCACAAGAAAUUAAGGUACUGGAAUAUGUGAUUAAAGUUAGCUCAGAUGCUCACAAAUCUAUUAUGCAAAUGGUGAAACCAGGAUUUGCAGAAUUUCAAGCAGAAGCAGCUUUUAUGCAUUAUGUAUACUCCAUAGGAGGUUGUAGGCAUGUGUCUUAUACUUGUAUUUGUGGAUCUGGACAUAAUGCAUCUAUAUUACAUUAUGGACAUGCUGGUGCUCCCAAUAAUAAAGUUAUAAAUAAUGGUGAUAUGUGCCUUUUUGACAUGGGUGGAAACUACUGUGGAUAUGCAGCUGAUAUUACAUGUAGUUUUCCAGUUAAUGGAAAAUUUACAGAAGACCAAAAAAUGAUCUAUAAUGCAGUGUUGGCUGCUCGUGAUGCAGUGAUGGAUGCUGCAAAGCCUAAUGUUCUUUGGACAGAUAUGCAUCUUUUAGCAAAUAAAACUAUGUUAAUUUCAUUAAAAACCGGUGGUUUGUUAGUAGGCGAUGUUGAUGAAAUGAUGAAAGCAGGAUUGCACGAAGUUUUUCAGCCUCAUGGGCUUGGACACCUUAUGGGAUUAGAUGUUCAUGAUGUUGGUGGAUAUCUUCCAGGACAUCCUGAACGUUCAUCAGCUCCAGGCUUAAGAAAAUUGAGAACCAGUCGUGUUUUACUAGCUGGUAUGGUUUUGACAAUUGAGCCAGGUUGCUAUUUUAUUGAUUGCUUAUUAGAUGCAGCACUGAAAAAUCCAAAUCAAUCAAAAUUCAUCGUUGCUGAAGAAUUGAAAAGAUUCCGUGGUUGGGGUGGAGUUAGAAUCGAAGAUGAUGUUCUUAUAACGGAAACAGGCGUAAGAAAUUUAACGGAUGUGCCACGCACCGUGGAAGAAAUAGAAGAAUGGAUGGCCGCUAGAAAAGAAUGAAGUUGAUUACAUAUGAGAAAACAAUGAAUACAUCGUAUAAAAUAUGCGAUUGUAUAACGAAGAAUUUCGUGCGAAGAAACACUAUUUACAUAUUCUGUUCCUUAUGAUAUAAGAACCAUUGUGAUACGUCAUAUAACGUCAUAAAAUAUUUUUACACGCGUUUCUUAUAGCGCAUAUAAUGCAAUAUUUAGUAUCACACAGGUUUAAGUCAUGCCUUUAUAAAUUGUAUAUAAAGAGAAACAAAUAAAACAAUAUUCUUUAUUAUACAGU